AUGCAUUUCCUUAUAGCCAUAAAAGAGGAUGUGAUGAUGGAGAUAAAAAAUUACUCCUUAAGUUUCUGUCAAAUAAAAGCAAUGACCAUAAGGUGGAUAAAACCGAAAUUACUUACUUUUAUUUGCCGGAAGAGUCAGUCAAAUGCGCUAAAACAUAUCAAAUCACAAAGCAUCAAGAGGAAAAAAACGUCCGUUAAAUACGAUCUAGCAAGCAAAGAGAGUUGUGCACAGCAAUAUUAUUCAGAAUGCAAAGUAAACAAAAAUUCACGCAAUUAA